AUGGCUUACUCAUUAACCAGGAAGCUGCUAAAGGACUGGAAGUAUCUUAUGCGCCAUCCCGAGAAGACCCAAGGCCUAUUUCAUGUAAGGCCACAUGAUUCGGACUUACAUCUUUGGCAUGUGGUAUUGUACGAACCUAGGACUUCUUUGGAAGUUUACCUACUGCUCUAUAUCGGAGGAGUUGACCAGGAUCCGUAUAUCAUCAUGAAAUGUUUGUCUCCAAAUUCUUGCUUUCCGAUGAAUAGGACAGUUUCGAUGACGCAUUUGAACCAUCUUUUAUUGAAAGACUUGGGACUGCAAGAUUUACUUUCCCAUAUAUGGCAACCACUUUUUCAUAUUCAACUAACAGGCGAUUUGCAGUAUACACCUUCGGUGGUGAAAUUUAAUAAAGCGUGGAAUAGGAUCAUUUAUAAGGAUUUUAAGUCUUAUUUUCCAGAGUUGACAGGCACUCUGCAAUCGGGUGACUAUUCUAUAGUGAAGAGCUAUAUUAAAAAUCAUAGUAUUAGUAAUAGUAAUAGUAAUACUGUUCAUGAAUUCAUAUCAUUCUACAACGCUCAAAAUCAUAGCUUUCACUCACAGGACAACAACAAGAAUUCUCACAGUAACAGCAGCAUAGCCAAUACCAGUAUAUCAUCUAAUUUUAGUAACAAUAGCAAUAGCAAAAAAGCACAUACCUACAGCACCAUCGACUUCAUGACCAGAAAACUACUAGCAUGUGAUGACGACGAUAUUCAUUCAGUCGUUAGUCCUAAAAAGUCAAGAACAUCGUCAUUUUUGGAGGAAUUGAAUGAUAAUGGAAAUAAUGAGCAUCACACAAAGAGAAAAAGAACCUAA